UUCUACGCAAGAGCAUUUUGAAGAUCUUUCCUCGACCUCCACAAUGACUACUAAUUCGACCACGACAAGUCCUACCAUGAGUUCGAUGCUCUUAGCAGUAUCGGAGCCAUCAGUGGUUGGAACACCUCCGCCGAAUCCGGUUGAAGGCACGAGGAAGCUUUGUACAACUCAGCUAGAUGGAAGUGAAUCUACAAUCUAUCCUUGUCCAUCAACAAUAUCGGCCAGCUUGACACUACCAACAGCAACUAGUGGUCCUUUAGGACGGACGACAACCGCGAUUCCCAGCCAAGUCCCCUCGACUCUACCAGGUCCUACUUCAAAACCAGGCAACAAUGGAGUAGCUGGGGGAGCAGUGGCGGGAGUGGCUAUCGCCUGCUUGAUCAUCGGGGCAGCUAUUGCUGCCGCUAUAUUCUUCUUCCUCGCUCGACGACGCAAGAAGAGGGAGGCAGUUUCGUACCAGCAACAUCUCCCGCCGUCAGAGAAGGGGCCACCCGUCACUGCUGGCCCUGUGCAUAGUGGAAUAUCUAGCUACGUCGAUAGCUUGCUGCCACAGCCUGCAGAAGAUGAUGCAAUGAAGAAAGAAGUGUCCAGGAUCCGCGAUAAUAUCAAAAACCAUGUGCGAUCAUACUAUCAUCUCGAGACGGUUCCAGUGACGAAGCUGGAUCAGUCUCAACUACAGGGUUUAGCUGCGGCGACUGGCAUGAGUGCUUCCGCACUUGCUAGCAUAUUCGUAAACCCUUCUACUCGAGAAGAAUCAAUUCGUCUGUUUGUCGCAUGGAUUGCUUUGUCAAGAUGCUCAGACGAACACCACCCAACAUUCCUCCCUGAUGAGCUGUCUAGUCUGGCGGUGGUAAUGCCAGGCAAGGACGGAACGAAUGGUGCCCAAGCCUCGCUGUUUAGCAAGUGGAAGACGAUUACAGGGGCCUUGAUGCAACAGCGGUAUGGCAAGUGGACGCAAGAACUAGCCGCGCCGUCUCGCAACGUGACGGAAGCUAUUGGAGAAUUGGAUUUGCUUCUGGCGCCUUUCGUGAUUGGCAGUGUUGAUAGAGACCAGCGCCACAAGAAUCUCGAGAUGAUCAUGAGUCGGUCGGCGAGUUUGGCUUUUCUUUUGUUCUCUCAGCCUGGUUCAUUCCGCUUCGACUUCACUGGACAAAAUGGGGCCAUGGUCGUUUUCCCAGCCCUUCUUCAGGUGAUCAGUGACCAGGCGCAGACUCUCAGCCCACCCAGGCCUCUCUGGGAAAAGGAGAUCACGUUCGAAGGUGGUCCGUGAGGGGAUCUGUUCGUACGGAGUUCGCAGAAUAUUUCCUCACCCGGAAAUUGUAUGUAUUAAUUU